ACACGAGAUGGCACUCUUUCCUGUAAUGGUGAUGUUAAAUAUCUCGACAAUCAAAAGCACUUUACUUUUAGUUUUAAGAUCUAUUUGAUUUAUACUAGAUUUUUUAUACCAUUGUAAGUCAUUCAGUUUGAGUAAUGAGUGAAGAUACUGAUGAUUUACUUCAAAAAGCUCUUCCAGUACAGGAUACAGGAGAGGAUUUUAACCUUGACAUUCCACCUACAUCGGGAAACGAGUAUCUCCGUAGAGUUCAACUAGAAGCCAAGCAGUGUCCAUCUGUUGUUGUUGCCAAAAUCGACACCACUCAGUUUUCCAGACAGCAAACAGUAAAAAUAAGUUAUGGUAGUGGCUUGUCUCCAGCACCAAAAGGUUACGCCCCUUUUCAGCACUGGCAAAAGAAACAAGUGGCCGACUUUUCUAAGACACGACAGGUGGGUUUUUAA